AUGGCCAGCCCUCAGGAAUUGAGCAGCACGGAGGAAGACAAUCUCCUAGACAUCCAACUAAGCAGUGCAGAAGAAGACAACCUCCUUGACCUCCCCUCACCUGAAAUCUUCUCCGAAACCCCUACUCAUCAAUCAAACAGCCCACUCACCAUCGCAGACCUCAACCCUGGAACCCCCCUCCUCUCCGUCCAACUCUCCGCACCCCAAACCACUCCCCUCAAAACCAAGUUCGCCAUCACACUAAAAAUCACCUACACCGGCCUCCUCCUCAACCCGGACAAAACCACACCCCCAACCACCCGCCCCAUCACCUUCCGCCCCUGGACAAUAAUAGCCUGGCACCAAACCGAGCCACAGCGCGAAGGGUUCUGGCUCUACCGCCACCGCCCAAUCAACAACAACAACAACAACAACAACAACAACCACGAUAACCCAUGGGAGUUCACCGAAAUGGACGACGGCACAAUCUGCACCUUUGCCAUCUACGACGACCCCGACAAAGAAGUCCCCGUCUCCAAAGGCGACCACAUCACAAACUCCUUCAUCAGCCUCCGCCCCGGCGAAACCUGGACCUGGGAGGAGACACUUCAGCAGGAAUACUGGAGCUUGCUACCAGAUGACGCAGUCCCGACCGACAGAUUCAGGUUUUGUUUCAAGGGCGCCUACGUCGACUGGUGGGACUGGGGGGAUUUGGAGGAGCAUAAGCAGGCUGGGACGACGGUCUUGCUGCCGUGCUUUGAGGCGGCGAGGUCGAUUGAAAGGGAGACGGACAAGAAGAUGCCUGCUUUGGUUGUUCCUGGGGCGGACGAGGGGGUUGAGUUUGUUAUCGUCGAUGGUUCUACACAGGAGGGUUCUGGGGGUCUGACUUCAGAGAUUAGUGAAGGCAUGGAAAGCCCCGUCAAGAGAAUAUGA